AUGAGCCAGGAACAGCCCCCCGCGGACCCUACCCCACAGGCGUCGCCCGCGGCGCCAGGCCCCAAAUCGCUUGCGCCCCCCGGCGCACGCCCCGCCCGCCCCGCGCACUGGCUGGCUGCCACCAUCCCGGUCAAGUCCUUCUCCGGCUACUCCCUGCAGUUCGCCGGCUGGGCUGCGGACCCGGCUGCAAAGCCUGAAAAUGCAAACAGCGCACAGCCGAAGCCCACGGGACCCCGCCCGCCCGCCGCGGCCUGA